ACUUUUCUGUUUUCUUUUCGGUUCACCCGAACAAACUUUUGGUUUGGAAACAUUCUUACUCCACCUAGAGACACCUCCGAAUGGCACUCCACGCGUCCUUCCCUCCGGCUGCUCGCACCUUCUCAUCGCUGCACGUAGCUUCUUCGCCGUCUUUUCGGCGAAACAAGGCUUCCCCCCAUAUAAUCUGCAUCACCAUAUGAUCAUCGUCAUCCCCGUCGCCAGUUCCAAAUCGAUCUGCAUCAAACCCAAAAGAUCACUCUCGACAUCCUAUGGCGAGCGACGAGUUCAGGCUGGUGUCUCCGCCGAUCGACCGGGAGGGGAAGCUGCCAAGGAAGUACACCGACAACGGCCAAGGCGCUCUCAAGAGCGUGUCUCCGCCGCUCGAGUGGUACAACGUGCCGGAGGGGACACGGAGCCUCGCCCUCGUGGUGCAGGACAUCGACGCCCCCGACCCGAGCAGCCCGAUCGUGCCGUGGACGUGCUGGGUGGUGGCCAACAUCCCGCCGCACCUGAAGGGCCUCCCCGAGGGCUUCUCGGGCAAGGGGGAGGAGCUCCGCGGCGACCACGCCGAGAUCCAGGAAGGCAACAACGACCACAAGGUGCCGGGCUGGCGAGGGCCGAAGCUCCCGUCCCACGGGCAUCGCUUCGAGUUCAAGCUCUACGCCUUGGACGAGAAGCUUAACCUAGGCCACAAGGUGACCAAAGAGAAGCUGCUGGAGGCGAUCGAAGGGCAUGUUCUUGGAGAGGCCUUGCUGGUUGCUAAAUUCUGAGGUUGGAUGUCACAAUUCUUGUUAUGUACUCCUAGCAAAUUGAAUAAUAGAGUUGAUCCAUUAAGAAAAGCUAUGUAAAAGGGUCAUAGUGCAAGUUCACUAAUCCAAGGUAAAAGUGAGAGAGCCCACUUCCCUUUGUUCAAUUCUCUUCCCUUCCUCUUCACUGGGUGGUGCCUUCAGACUCUAGCCUUUCACGGAGAAGGGCAACUUUUAAGGUUUCA